GCUGGGUGGGAACGUUCAACCUCCUCCUGUUCCUUCUCCACUUUGGCUCCGCAAGCGGAGCUGGCGGUCCCGUUCAUCGUGGUGGUGGGGUUCGUGAUGCUGUCCCUCUUCAGCGGCGUCUGGGUUGACCACAUGAACGACAUGAGGCUGAAGGAGGAGAAGGAGACGCAGCUGCAGGCCAUCCACGAGGCGGAGAAGGCCAACAAGACCUUCCAGACGAUCUUCGGCGAGUCGGACGACAGCCCGAUGGCCGUCACGAACACCAUCGACGAGGAUGAGUUCGCGGUCCUCCUGACGCAGCCUCAGUACAAGGAGGCCGCGGCAGUGAGCGAGAUGAACUUCACCCGCUCGGAGGCUAGAGAGCUGUUCGCCUUGUGGGACAGGGAACAGGACGAGCGGCUCAGCUGGAGCGAGUUCCGCGAGGGCCUGGAGGAAUACCGCGAGGGCCUCACCGUCAAGAAAAUCCUGGUGAUGAAGUCACAGCUGAAGAAGCUAGUGCACUCGCUCGAGAGCGGCGGCGAAGGCGGGCGGAAGUUCCUGCCCCUCCUCCGGGCCUCGCCCGGGGUGGAGCACCAGCUGGAGCAGGCCGACGCAAGGCUGCGUGCGUGCGAGGAGAGGAUGCUCGCGUUCGAGGACCAGGUGACGGCCUCCCUGGUCCCCAUGGGGUGGCUCCAGCCACCGGCCUCCAGCGCUCCCCUCAGCGAGGCCCCAUGGGGGGUCCAAAAGUGGCGCACAGGGCUGGGGGCACCCUGGGGGCCCAGCGCCAUCCCUCCCUAGCAGACCCCGGCUCAGGUCAAGGUGGCGCAGAAGCUUUGCGCCAGGGAGGCGUCUCUGUGCUCGCCGUUUUCCGCGUGCAGCGGCGGGAGCCCGUAGGUGAGCCCGCCGAGCCACGGCACCCUCCCCCUCC